GUAGAAAGUGAGCCAGUCCACAGGCCAAGUGUAUCACUGAAUCAGUCCGGCAAAAAACAAGCAAGAUGUACGCUAAACUCGCUCUCAUCUCCGUUGUGCUCGCGGUGGUCGCUGCUUCUCCAACCCCCGGUGGCGGUGGUGGACACAAACACGUGACCAUCCACGUCCCGUACAAGAUCCACACCAUCCAUCACCACCACGUAUCGAAGGUCCACGUGCCAGUCCACGUGCCAGUGAUCAAAGAAGUCCAGGUGAUCAAGGAAGUGCCAAUCAUAAAACACGUGCCAGUACCGGUGGUGAAGCACGUACCCGUGCCAGUGAUCAAGCACGUCGAGGUGGAGAAGAAGGUCAUCGUACCGGUGCAUCAUGAGCACCACCAUCAUCAGGAGAGCCACGGAUGGGAGGGCGAGGCGUCGCACGGCUGGAACUGAUUGAACGACUUGAUGCUAUUAGUUUAUGAUAACCUUAAGUACAAUGCAUCCCAUGCUACAGCAGUAGUUAACAGGUGAAUCAAAGUCAUAUCAUCCCAUCAUCAUGACGUACACGUAUCCAUACAAUCCUUCGAGAUAAGUCGAUUGCAGAUGAUUGUACGGACUACUAAACUAUAUACGAUGUUGCAGGAAGAAGGUAUUUUUGUGUCAAGAGUUAAAAAUAUUUUACUAUAAGAAUUACAAACUGCUUAUUAACAGUUUUAGAAUUAUAGAAAAUACAUAUGAUCGUGAUAGUAAAUAUAAACAAAUUACUAACGUGUAAUUUAUAUUCAGCUGAUUUUUGGGCUCUAAACAUUAAUAAACUUAGAUUGAAAAGGGUUAAACACCAAAAAAAGACUUCAAAAUAAUAAGAGCAUUCUAAAUUCAAACAUUAUCUUUACAUUAUAAAUUUUCGUGAUUAUAUUUAUACCCUCUUACUGCAACAACUUAUAUUUUCAUGUACAAAUAGAAAGUGUAUAAUACUAGCUUAUAAUUGGUAUAAAAUGUUUUCCGUGCAUCAUCUGUCUUGCUUUAAUAUGUCUCAGACUGUUUUAUAUACAAACAGGCUUACUUAUUCAUAUGGACUUCUGAAAACAUUAAAUAUUUGGGAAGUGUUUAUAAUUCAGGAAGCUUUAACUGUGAUAAUUCUUUUAUAAAAACAAUAAUGAAUCGCCAUUCACAAGGAAGAAAGUACAUUCUAGAAUAAUAUAGAACAGUCUGGAACACCUGUAUAUUACCAAUUUGUAUAUACCAUAGCUGUUAAACUAUUUUUAAGUAACCAAAGAAAAUAAAUGUGGUUCUAUUUUUUUAAA